AACUCCUCAAUAUUCUGAUAUUAAAUUAUGGUUUUUAAUUAUUGCUUGCUAGGAGAAGUUUUGUCGUUGUUAAAAUGGUACCCUGUAUUUCAGGUAUUAAUCGCAGCUAAGAUCGCUUAACGCAUUGCAAUAUUUUAUUAGCGAAUAUUGGUUUGGAAAAACUACAUUCUACAGGAAAUUGUAAGAUUUAUUUACAAAGUGUGUAAAGAUAUUAUUUAUAUUGACAAAAGCUAAUUGGCUAGCUAAAUUUUUGGGGGAUUGCAUAAAAAUUAUAUACACCAUGUCUAGCGAAGAUCAAAGUUAUGACUCUAGUGAUUCAACCACGGAAAAACGUUUUAAAUAUGCCUCGGGUUCACACAAAAAAUCUAAGAAGGAAAAGAAACAUAAGAAAACCAGUAAAAGCGAAAAGUCUCAUAGAAAGCACAAGAAGUCAAAGAAAAGACACCACAAACACAGCGAGUCGUCAGUUUCUGAAGACACCGGUGACAAACACCGUAGUGGCGCCCUUAAUGAAAAGUUCACAGAAAUAAUGCAUAAAGUCACCAAAGAUGUCAAUCCACGAAAUGAUCAGCAAGCAAAUGGAGGUAGGUUCAGUAUAACGAAGACAAAUCUUCAAACUGAUCCUGGAAGUCUGGUAGAGGAGAUUACUAAAACAAUUCAAAAUAAUAUAUAUCCCACUAUGGAAGUAGCGUCAUCCGGGAGUGAAAGUGAAAUUCAAAAUGAUGUGGCGAGUCCAGAUGUUGCUAUCAUAGAAGACGAACUCAACCUCGAAGAAUUAAUGAAACAGAAAGCUUUACUUCAAGCUCGUUUAGGUGCAUAUUUAUCAGAGUCCGAUGGUGAAGAUAGUCUCCCCAAUGAAGUACCAAUCAUAAAUCGCAGUGUUUACAAAGAUACAUCGGAGGGGACUGCAUGCGUUGAAAAAAUUAGUACUGACAGCAAGGCACCCGUCAAAAUGCGGUCAUUGUCAGCUUCAUCGUCAAUCAGUAAAAAUGUUAUUAGUAAACACAGUAAAAAACAUAUUUCAAAUGAACCUGAUGUUAUAUUAUUGGAUGAUUCUAGCGGAGGACAACGUACUCCUGAAUCUAGACGCAAAUCAUCCCGUCCUUAUGGUUCCAGUAAGGAUGAGCGUAUGCCAUCACCUCGCAGGAAGUCGUUAGGUGACCAUUUCCAACAACAUCGACAUGCUCACCAAGAGUUACAAGAAACACGUUCACAUAGUUCACGAGAUCGACAUCCACAUACUGGCAAACGGAGUCGCAGUCGAUCACAGCGUAGAGAUUCGGAGACGAAUAUUCAUCGACGUCGGGACGACAGCCACAGCCGUGGCCGACAUCGGCGUGAUAUACAUGAUCAAAACAGAAACAAGGAAGAUCUUCGUCUUGAAAUAAAUCGCGAUAAACAACGGGAACGUGAAAAUAGUCGUGAUCGUGAUCGACGUGGACGAGAUGAUCGAAUUAGACAACAAGAUCGUAGUGGUGCAGACUCUUACGGUAACUCUCGGGGCCGAGAGCGUGAACGUGAUCGUGACCGUAGAAUGCGUUCCCAUAGCCGUAGUAAAGUAGAAUCGGAUCGGAGACGGGUGGAACGGGAGCGUCAACGCGAUGGAAAAUCCGAACGUGACAGUUGGAGAGGUGAGGAUCGUGGUCGAGAUCGUGACAAGGAUCGCUAUCGUGGAUCGCUCAGUGAAGGUCAGAAAGCUGAAGUCAAAGACGCAAGUAGUGACGAUGGCGACAACUUAGAUAUUGACAUUAACGAGGAUGAAGACGAAGAGGAGAAAAUUAUAGAGAUGAGAAGAAAGCAGCGCGAGGAGUUGUUAAAGAAACUUGGUGGUAAAGAAGAAACAUCACCACCAAAAAAUUCCACACAUUCUCAAAGGGCCCGCAGUCCACCUAUCAAAUAUGAUUUAGAAGACCCUGCGCCGUUGAUGCAAAACCCUCCAACAAAGAUAUCGGAUGAAGAGACCAGUUAUGCCGAGGAUAAAGAUAUGGAUGAAGAUAAAAAAAUUAAAAAUCCUACAAAAGAGAAACGGCCCGAGUGGGAUAUGUUUGCUGAUCAAGAUGUAGACUCUAAUUUCGAUUCUCCUAGUACAAUAGUAUUGAAUAAAACGCAAAUUGAAAACCCUGCACUGACUGACAAUUGGGACGAUGCCGAAGGGUACUAUCGUGUGCGCAUUGGAGAAAUUCUCGACAACCGUUAUGUUGUUAGUGGCUAUACCGGGCAAGGUGUAUUCAGUAACGUAGUAAGAGCUCGUGAUCAAGCGCGUGGAAAUGCCAACGUGGCUGUAAAAAUUAUACGUAAUAACGAAAUAAUGCACAAAACUGGUCUACGUGAAUUGGAGAUUCUGAAGAAGUUAAAUGAUGCUGAUCCCGAAGAUAGAUUCCAUUGCUUACGGCUUUUCCGUCAUUUUUUCCACAAACAGCAUCUAUGUAUGGUGUUUGAACCAUUAUCUAUGAACCUGCGAGAAGUGCUUAAAAAAUACGGUAAAAAUGUGGGUUUACACAUCAAAGCUGUACGAAGCUAUACCCAGCAAUUGUUUUUGGCUCUUAAGCUACUCAAAAAGACGGGCAUACUUCAUGCGGAUAUUAAACCCGAUAACAUUCUAGUGAAUGAGAAUAAUUUGUGUUUGAAGCUUUGUGAUUUUGGUUCUGCAUCAACUAUUAACGACAACGAAAUUACACCAUAUUUGAUAUCGCGCUUCUAUCGAGCACCCGAAAUAAUAUUGGGCAUUACAUAUGACUAUGGCAUUGACAUGUGGUCCGCGGGUUGUACAAUAUAUGAGUUAUAUACCGGUAAAAUACUCUUUAGUGGAAAGAGUAACAACCAAAUGCUGAAAUUUUUCAUGGACCUAAAAGGAAAAAUACCAAAUCGAAUUAUUCGCAAGGGUCAAUUCAAAGACCAACAUUUUGAUCAGAGCUGCAACUUUCUUUAUCAUGAAAUUGACAAAAUCACAGAACGGGAAAAAAUCGUUGUUAUGCCUGUAAUAAAAGCUACUCGAAAUUUGCAGCAAGAACUAAUCGCUGACCAGAAUUUACCGGAUGAUCAACAACGUAAAGUGACGCAACUAAAAGAUCUAUUGGAUAAUAUGUUUGCACUUGAUCCAUCGAAACGCAUUUCCUUGAAUCAAGCACUCACGCAUCCUUUUAUACAAGAAAAGAUGUAGGCGACGUUUUAAAACGUAAUGGUUUCGAUGCUAUUUGAACCGAUAUGAAAAAUAAUAACGGACGCCAUUACACCAGGCAUACACACAAUGUAAUUCUUUCCUCAUAUGCUGCUAGUAAUGUAUUUUAUGAUACAUGCUGGCAGUUUUAGUGUUUAUAAAUUAAGUAUUAUACAAUUAUUUAUACACGAUUUAUAUGCUACAUCUUUUAAAAAUGUUUUAUGUACAGAAGUGUACAAGCAGGCAUCAGAGAAGGAUGACAGAACUGAACACACUUUGAGUUGCGGUUUAGGAUUAAUUAAGUUUCAUUUAGAAAUCUCGGCUAGUUUGAGAAGUUAUUAAGAAUUAUUUUUGCCAAAGUACAAAACCAAUAGAUUCUGUCAGCUCAUGUCAACUAAUAGAGUACUAAGUUUGGCCUACAUAAUAUAACCUGCACUGUUAUAUAAAUUGGAAUGUAAAUCGAAUUGAAAUCAAUAAUUUAAUUUUAUUAAUGUGUUUAAACAUCAUGAUAAUAUAAAAAUUCAGGAGUUUUAAUAUCAUAUUAAACGGACUUAGUUAAUAUUUAAAAUA